AUGCAUGAUGUAGAGGGGAUGACUUGGAAACAAUUCGAAGCACUCUUUAAUGAGCAAUUCUUUCCUCAAAGUUAUCGAGAUGAAAAGGCCAUGGAAUUCAUGGGCCUACAGCAAGGGGAUAUGACAGUGAGGGAAUACGAAGCUAGGUUCAAUGAACUGUCCUGUUUUGCUCCUUCCUUGAUUGAAUCGGAGCGCACGAAGUGCCUAAAGUUCAAGAAAGGUCUUAAGGGUGUGAUCCAAAAAUCAGUGGUAGCUUUAAGGCAUCGAGUCUAUAGUGACUUGGUUGCAGCAGCCAUCUCUGUUGAACAGGAGCACAUCACCUUUCUCCAGGAUCGAGAAGCUUUAGGAAGAACCUCAGGAGGACCCCAAAGGAGUAACCGAAAAAGCCGUGAUCAGGGGCAUGGUAGUGGGGGAGUGCCUAGUGGUAGCAGUGGCUCUUCGGGAAGUAGGAAGAGUGGACCCUAUAGCUUCAAGUGCCACCAUUAUGGGGAGUUAGGGCAUAUCAAAAGGAACUGUCCUAGUAGGGGCCAACAGGUGAACCAACAGACCCGGCAAUUACCGCAGAAUCAAAGGGGUAUUGCUCCUAGUCAAGACAGACUUCCACAGUUCACGCCUUUCUAUCAGCCCCAGUUACCUGCACAGAUGCCAAUUCCUCCUGCACCGAUCUUCCGUCCACUGAACUACUCUUACUUCCGGCCACAGGCUUCCGUAUCAGUACAGUCUACCCCACCGCAACAACAGUAUAAGCCUGGAAACCAGAGGCCUAACAACAACGAGAGAGGAAAGGGGAAAGCACCGGGGCAGAUGCAUACCAUGGCCGGGGAAAGUUCUGGAGCUCAUGCCGGAAACCCAGUCGUCGAGGGUUUGAAACCCGAUGACUUAGAGACAUCAAUGUUUAUAAGUUUUCCAUUGAGACGUGUGGAGGUGACUAUUGUAUGUAGGUCGUGUGUGAUCACGAUUGGAAGUGAGAAAUUAAAGGCAGAUUUGAUAAUCCUUCCCAUGAAUCAGUUUGAUGUGGUGCUUGGAAUGGAUUGGUUGUCAAGAUAUGGGGUGAUUGUUGAUUGCCACCGUAUGAGAGUUACCUUGACUACCGAUUCUGAGGGUGAAUCCGGUGUCACCGGGGAGAAUGUUGAGGUCCCCGUGGUCGAUGAAUAUGCAGAUGUAUUCCCUGAUGAGUUGCCUGGUUUACCGCCUGACCGGGAGAUCGAGUUUUACAUCGACUUACUUCCGGAAACGGCUUCGAUUUCUAUUGCUCCGUAUUGA